CGGAGAGCGGUCAAAGACCCAGAAGCCUUUGAGCGAGAGGCAGCUGGUGCCCCGCGAAGGUGUCAGGGCCGAAGCAUGGCUGCUGCUUCCGCCCGCGACGGGCCCGACGGGGACGCCCAUUGGAAAGGGGCCGGACAGGAGGCGUGGAGGCGGACGAGGACCCCUAGGUACCCGCCAGCCCUGUACCAUCGUGGAGCGGAGUGGACCGGAAAGGACGAGACCCUGCCCAGGGCGGCGCCCAAGAGGGCGUCGGAUGGAGGCGUCUCCUCCGGGCCGAGUCGCACCGCCGCCCUUAAACGUAGUUGGGCGAUGAACGGCGAGAACUCUGACAGUUCCUCCGAUUCAGAUGCCGACGAGCUCCCGCGGAAAGCAAAGCGGGAGAACCGUGGCGUCCUCUCUCCCGUUCCGUUGGUCCCGCGCAGUCAGAAGCAGCCAGCUCGGGCCGGGGGGAGGGCCAGCGACGACUGGGCUAGUGCAGUGCUGACGGACGAUAGCCAGGACGAGUUGGCCAGACAGUUCGAGAAGCUGGAAAUCAAGGAGAGCGCCGCCGAGAGCGGGCGGGCGGAGACCCAGAAUCGUUUGCUAGCCAGAAAACUCCCGAGAGUGCAGGAGGCAGAGAAAGGAGACCACGAGCCGGCUGAAGGCGUCUGGGGAGCCUCCCCCAUCGCAAGGACAGAAGAGAAUAAAGGAAAAUGCCAUCCCCAGCGCAAAUGCCUCGUCGAAGGAAAACCGGAAGAGAGACAAGAGAUAAAUUACAAAAGAUACUACGAUAUUCCUGAGGCGGGUUCGGAGGAAGUAGUGGCAAGGGAAAUUUCCCACAGGAUGGAAGUGGAAGAAAAACACCCAGAGAAGUCUAUCUGAGUGUCUUGAGAAACACUAAGAGCCUAACUGCUGAACAAAUUGAGGAAAUUUUCUGUGAGGAACAAAAAUGCAAAAAUAAACAUCCAAAGGAUGCUGAGAAGAGAAGCCUACAAGUCUGGAGGGGAAAAUUGAAGUAUCGUAAUUUUAAAGAAGAUUGCAGUCCUUCUAGCAUGGCAUCGGCCCCUCCAGAAGAUUCAAAGGAAGAAUGCAAUGAAACUAAGUUAGGUUCAGAGGAAGCAGUCAAGGUUGUUCCUCCUCACAAUUGAGAGGUCUCUUAAUGGCACCCAGAAUCUGUUUUUUUACACAAAAAUUGUUUAAAAACCUUAAAGUUAGUCAUUUUGUUGUUUGUUUAGAGCCAUGUUGGUGGUUUUUGUGUGCAACAUGGUCAAGAAAAGUUCUGGGCUGGGGAAGGCAUCAUAUUUGUGGAAUUAAUCUAAUAGAAUCUAAUAUGACGGGCUUAGGGUCUUUUUAUUUCUUCUAAUUUCAAUUUUAAAUCUAAUAUCUAUGCAAAACUUAAGAAGCCUUCCUUAAUAUUCUCUGAUUAAAAUAGUUGUUGAAGGGCAGUAUGGGCAUUUCUGGUUUCAAUUUUAGUUAGGUCAGUUCUUUCUCUUUAGAAGAAUAUGUAGUCGAGGCUCUUCACAAGAUGGGACAUGAUAUGGUCUAUUCACUCGGUCACUAGUAUCUCUUGAUUUGUGUGAGCUCUUCUAAAGAACAGUCCCAUCCAAACCGACCCCACUCUGUACAUGAUUCACUGGGAGCUGUUCCUGGAAAAGAGACCCAAUUCUGCAGCUGAAAAAUUAACUAUUAGUUCAUUUUUUGAGUUCUGGGACUGCAGAGAACUGUGAAGUUGUUACUUCUCCAUACACACGAAUUUUCACCAGCCCAGUCGUCUUCUUAACCAUGAGGAGUGAGUGAGGGACACAUAAUUUCCAAAGAGGUUUCAACCUAAAACCUUAAUUUGGUCAGUACUGAUGGCCCUCCAAGCACAAAAUCUGAUCUGUUUGAUGUGUGAAAACAAAAAUAAACUUUGGCAAUUUA